GAGGUCCGGGCUCGGGACGGCGCCGGAGCCGGAGCCGGAGCCGGAGCCGGAGCCGGAGCCGGAGCCGGAGCGAAGCCCGGGCGCCCCGCGCGAGGACGCGGCUCUUGGCCGGCGGCGGAGCGCGGCUUGGUGAAGGCAAGUGACCGAUUCCGUUCGGAGCGGCUCGACGGGGCUUCCGCGCGGAGCUGAGCUGUAAACGGUAGAAAACGACGCUUAAACGAAGUAUUUCUGAGACCAGAUUUUGGAAAGUUGGGGCGUAGGAAUUUAUUGAAUUGCGAUGGAAUCUAUGAAAAUCUUUUCUGGUUGGUGGUACGGUCUCCACCGGAUUUCGAUGAUGGGAGCCUGCUGCUCGUUCUCCCACGCCUAGAGUAAGCAGAAGCAGACCAAGCUAAAACAAGCCACCUGAAAUCCCUUGUCUCCCAUGCCUUGAAUGAACAGGCGCUGGAGGGGAGCGAUCUGGUGUCUGAUCUGUGCCUUGUGCUUCCCUGGGGGGGAUUCGGAGGAGUAGAAGAAGGGGAAAGCUGGGAAGAUACAAAGCAAGAAGAGGUGGAAGCUGCAAUGUGGUCCUUGGAGGCAUUCUGUUUGAAAACCAUCUCUGUUAAUAGAGAAGGAUUAUUGUCCAGUGUUCCCGAUACAUCCCCAUAAGCUCCUGGUCUGAAGCACUAUGCUGGAACCCAAGCCUCGCUCUGCAGUCCGGAGGUGAACCCAGGUGAGAGCCAGCUAUCACAGUAGCUGUCAGGAUGACCAAAGCACGGCUCCUCCGUCUCUCUGUGGUGCUGGUCUCCAUCUUCAUGAUCCUCCUGAUCAUCGUGUAUUGGGACAACGUGGGAACAGCUCACUUCUACCUGCAUACGUCCUUCUCCAGGCCUCAUUCCUCAGGGGCCAUCCCUGGUAUUGCUGAGGGCGAAGACUGGGAAGCCUUGCCAGAUGUGGAUGAAUUUUUGGUAAAGCUACUUAGUUCGAGUGUGAAACAGAACAGCUCUAUCAGCAAAAAGACAGAGCAGCCACUCAUCCAGGGCUCCAGCAAGCCUGCGGCAAACAAUUUAGAGGAGAAUGUGCGAGGCUAUGACUGGUCUACACGUGAUGCCAGAGCCAGCUUGGACCAAGAGAAACUGCAGGUAGAGAGGCAGAGAACACUGCGGGAGUUUUGUGCCAAUUCUAGUUUCACCUUCCCCACCAAGGAGCGCUCCUUUGAUGACAUCCCCAACUAUGAGCUCAACCACCUCAUCGUGGAUGACCGCCAUGGCGUCAUCUAUUGUUAUGUCCCCAAGGUGGCCUGCACCAACUGGAAACGGGUUAUGAUUGUGCUAAGUGAGAGCCUGCUGGACCAGGGAGUCCCAUACCGGGACCCUCUGGAUAUCCCACGGGAACAUGUCCACAACACCAGCACCCACCUGACUUUUAACAAAUUCUGGCGCCGCUAUGGGAAGUUCUCCCGGCACCUCAUGAAGAUCAAGCUGAAGAAGUACACUAAGUUCCUCUUUGUACGGGACCCCUUUGUGCGUCUCAUAUCUGCCUUUCGCAGCAAAUUUGAACUGGAAAAUGAGGAAUUCUACCGACGUUUUGCCGUCCCUAUGCUAAAGCUCUACUCCAACCAUACCAACCUUCCCACCUCUGUCAGUGAGGCCUUCGGGGCAGGCCUCAAAGUCUCCUUUUCUGACUUCAUCCAGUAUUUACUGGACCCCCGGACAGAGAAGAUGGCCCCCUUCAAUGAGCACUGGAGGCAGGUUUACCGGCUAUGCCACCCGUGCCAGAUAGACUAUGACUUUAUUGGGAAGCUGGAGACGCUGGAUGAGGAUGCUGCUCAUCUAUUGCAGCUCCUCAAAGUGGACAGGCUGCUUCGCUUCCCUCCCAGCUACCGGAACAGGACUGCCAGCAGCUGGGAGGAUGACUGGUUUGCCAAAAUCCCAUUGGCUUGGAGGCGACAGCUCUACAAGCUUUAUGAAGCAGAUUUUGUGCUCUUUGGCUAUCCCAAGCCAGAAAACUUGCUUAAAGAUUAAAGUAAUUGGGUAGUGGGUGCGGGAGGGAACAUCUGAAAUACCAAAAAUGUUUAAAGCCUCCUCAUUUUUGCUCUUAACUCCCUUUUCCAUACAGGUUGGUACAAUGGAAUCUGUUUUUUCUACUGCUUCCCCUUCCAUUUUUUGCAAUAAUGCCAGAGUCCAGGAUACUCCAGCCAGCUGUGCAUAUGCAAAAGAUGCCUGGAUUUUUUUGUUAACAUUGUUUUUCAGGUUGUCUUUUUUUUAAACGUCCCGAUGUUUUGCAGUCGGUCUCUGCCCUCGGUCACUCUGCCAGCUGUGUCCUUCAGGAGCUUUUUAUUAAUACUUUUUAAAAAUUAAUAUAUUUCAGAUAUUUAAUACAAAGUGUGCGUUGUGGCAAAGGAAGGGAAGGAAUAAAAAAAAAUCAAAGAAAAACUGCAAGAAA